AUGCACAGCAAUGGGCGAGCCCAAGACGAGCCCGAGGACGACGUGUUUGCUGAAGGCUCGAAAUUCGUGUCGCUGAACAAUGUGUCGAUCACGGGUGGUACUAAGCGCCAGACACGUGCGAGGAAACCUAAAGAAGUGCGGAAGGGGAAGCGUUAUACUUUCGUCCGCAUGGGCAAGAAAGGCUGCGCUGAUGCACUUGGUGAUGGCGGUUGUGGAGCAGACACAUACACUCAAGGCAAUGGUCAACAUGCACAUAACGCCUCCUUUCCAGCUGCAGCCGCCACUAUCACUCCCUCCUCCGCCUAUGUCAGCACAGCGGCGACUCAUCAGCUCGUCGCCUCUCACUCAAUCCCUGGCCUGCCCUCCGCCUCUGCCUCCCUUUCAGUUGCAGCCGCCACUAUCUCUCCCUCCUCCGCCUAUGUCAACGCAGCGGCGACUCAUCAGCUCGCCGCCUCUCAGUCAUUCCCUGGCCUGCCCUCCGCCUCUGCCUCCCUUUCAGCUGCAGGCGCCACUAUCACUCCCUCCUCCGCCUAUGUCAACACAGCGGCGACUCAUCAGCUCGUUGCCUCUCAGUCAUUCCCUGGCCUGCCCUCCGCCUCUGCCUCCCUUUCAGCUGCAGGCGCCACUAUCACUCCCUCCUCCGCCUAUGUCAACACAGCGGCGACUCAUCAGCUCGCCGCCUCUCACUCAAUCCCUGGCCUGACCUCCGCCUCUGCCUCCCCUUCAGCUGCAGCCGCCACUAUCACUCCCUCCUCCGCCUAUGUCAACGCAGCGGCGGCGACUCAUCAGCUUGCUACCCGGAUCUCUCCCUCCGCUGCCUAUGUGCACGUCUCGGUUCCUGGCCAGUCCAGGCCCGCCGUUGCACCUGGAUCGACCUCCCUGCCACCUGCUCCCAGUGCACUCUCACCCUCGCCCUCCUAUAUCAAUCCUGGGUUGCACCCAACCAACUCAGGUCAGCCUGGCUCCGGCCUCAUCCCACCAGCCUCUGCACCCCCUGCUGCCGCAGUGGCGCCCCCUACUACACAAUUGCAGCCGUCUGGACUCCCAUGGGCACUCCGUGCGCGCAAACAGAAGUCCGCUCUCCCAGACCCUGGACCAUCACAUGUGGAGGCCGGGUCGGAUGAAGACUCCGACGAUGAUGACUCCUUGGAGAAUCAUUAUGAGCAUGAUGGUGAACAGCGGCCUGCUGCAACCAGGGUUUCGCGAGCCGCUUUUGAGGCCGCGCAAGCGCAAAUCCAACAACAGGCGCGACGCAUAGCUGAGUUGGAGAAUCAGCAACCUCAGCAAAAAGGCCCUCAUGCUGGCAGUCACGCCAUGGUUAUGCGCCAGGCCAAUAUGCCCAGCCCUUCCCAACAGUUGCCGGUUGCACACCAGCUUGCUCCUUCAACCACUCGACCUUGCACCCAGCCGAAUGCAACACCGACCCUGAUUUUCUCACCGGUGGUGGGGCCACGAACGCAUGCCACUUUUAGCCGUGCUGUGGCAAAGGCCCACAUCAGACGACAGGCCAUCGACUGCUCUGCAAUGUCGCUACGGCAACACGGGUGGUACAAUAACGUCAUCACGGCGUUAGAUGCUUUCCCGGAUGUGAACGGGGACCUUAAGGAAAACGUGGAUGAGGCUCUUGAUAUCCUGUUUUUUGACACCCCAGUCACUGAUUUCACAAUGUGGCCUAGUACCGAACGCCUAGAGGCGGCCCUGCGCAAGGCCCUAGGCCUCAAUGAGCCGGAGGAGCAUUUUAUCUGUUGCACCAACAUCACCCUCCUCCUUCCCCCACCCCUACCCGUCUUCUUCUUCCCCCCACCACCUCCCCGUCCACCUUUCUCCUGUGUUCCGACUUUCCUGCGAGUACCCUCCCUGACAUCGCUUCCCCACAGCAGCAAUCACUGUCUGUAUGAUCCCAGCCCAGCAGUCCCCAGUGUACCCUCUUUCCCUCCCUGUUUUGACCUCCCCACCCCAGCAGCAAGCAAGGCCAGCCAAGGCAGAGCCCAACAGUCCCAAGUGUACCCUCUUUCCCUCCCUGUUUUCCCCUCCCCACCCCAGCAGCAAGCAAAGCCAGCCAAGGCAGAGCCCAGCAGUCCCCAGUGUACCCUCUUUCCCUCCCUGUUUUCCCCUCCCCACCCCAGCAGCAAGCAAGGCCAGCCAAGGCAGAGCCCAGCAGUCCCCAGUGUACCCUCUUUCCCUCCCUGUUUUCCCCUCCCCACCCCAGCAGCAAGCAAGGCCAGCCAAGGCAGAGCCCAGCAGUCCCCAGUGUACCCUCUUUCCCUCCCUGUUUUCCCCUCCCCACCCCAGCAGCAAGCAAGGCCAGCCAAGGCAGAGCCCAACAGUCCCAAGUGUACCCUCUUUCCCUCCCUGUUUUCCCCUCCCCACCCCAGCAGCAAGCAAGGCCAGCCAAGGCAGAGCCCAACAGUCCCAAGUGUACCCUCUUUCCCUCCCUGUUUUCCCCUCCCCACCCCAGCAGCAAGCAAAGCCAGCCAAGGCAGAGCCCAGCAGUCCCCAGUGUACCCUCUUUCCCUCCCUGUUUUCCCCUCCCCACACCAGCAGCAAGCAAGGCCAGCCAAGGCAGAGCCCAGCAGUCCCAAGUGUACCCUCUUUCCCUCCCUGUUUUCCCCUCUCCACCCCAGCAGCAAGCAAGGCCAGCCAAGGCAGAGCCCAGCAGUCCCCAGUGUACCCUCUUUCCCUCCCUGUUUUCCCCUCCCCACCCCAGCAGCAAGCAAGGCCAGCCAAGGCAGAGCCCAACAGUCCCAAGUGUACCCUCUUUCCCUCCAUCUUUUCCCCUCUCCACCCCAGCAGCAAGCAAAGCCAGCCAAGGCAGAGCCCAGCACUCCCCAGUGUACCCUCUUUCCCUCCCUGUUUUCCCCUCCCCACCCCAGCAGCAAGCAAGGCCAGCCAAGGCAGAGCCCAACAGUCCCAAGUGUACCCUCUUUCCCUCCCUGUUUUCCCCUCCCCACACCAGCAGCAAGCAAGGCCAGCAAAGGCAGAGCCCAACAGUCCCAAGUGUACCCUCUUUCCCUCCAUCUUUUCCCCUCCCCACCCCAGCAGCAAGCAAAGCCAGCCAAGGCAGAGCCCAGCAGUCCCCAGUGUACCCUCUUUCCCUCCCUGUUUUCCCCUCCCCACCCCAGCAGCAAGCAAGGCCAGCCAAGGCAGAGCCCAGCAGUCCCCAGUGUACCCUCUUUCCCUCCCUGUUUUCCCCUCCCCACCCCAGCAGCAAGCAAGGCCAGCCAAGGCAGAGCCCAGCAGUCCCCAGUGUACCCUCUUUCCCUCCCUGUUUUCCCCUCCCCACCCCAGCAGCAAGCAAGGCCAGCCAAGGCAGAGCCCAGCAGUCCCCAGUGUACCCUCUUUCCCUCCCUGUUUUCCCCUCCCCACCCCAGCAGCAAGCAAAGCCAGCCAAGGCAGAGCCCAGCAGUCACCAGUGUACCCUCUUUCCCUCCCUGUUUUCCCCUCCCCACCCCAGCAGCAAGCAAGGCCAGCCAAGGCAGAGCCCAACAGUCCCAAGUGUACCCUCUUUCCCUCCCUGUUUUGCCCUCCCCACCCCAGCAGCAAGCAAGGCCAGCCAAGGCAGAGCCCAACAGUCUCAAGUGUACCCUCUUUCCCUCCCUGUUUUCCCCUCCCCACCCAAGCAGCAAGCAAGGCCAGAAAAGGCAGAGCCCAACAGUCCCAAGUGUACCCUCUUUCCCUCCCUGUUUUCCCCUCCCCACCCCAGCAGCAAGCAAGGCCAGCCAAGGCAGAGCCCAACAGUCCCAAGUGUACCCUCUUUCCCUCCCUGUUUUCCCCUCCCCACCCCAGCAGCAAGCAAGGCCAGCCAAGGCAGAGCCCAACAGUCCCAAGUGUACCCUCUUUCCCUCCCUGUUUUCCCCUCCCCACCCCAGCAGCAAGCAAAGCCAGGAUAGGCCCAGCCUGCCAGUACUAUGUGUACCUUCCUUUUCCAUUUUGCCUGACUAA